AUGACGUCAUCAGCGAUCGGCAAGUGCGCCAGUGACGUCAGCGGCCCUCUGCUGCGCGCGAAGCUGCUCCCCUGGGCUGCCGCCGCCUUGUUUUCCGCCACCUCCCGCGCUUUCUCCGCCGCCAGCAGCAGCGGCGGGCGUUGCGCGCAAACUGGGGGCGGCGCGGGCGAGGGAGCAGGCGCGGGGGGGGGAUCCGGCGGAGGGGGGAACCUCGCGGCGAUCAAGGAGCUGCGCGCGCGCACGGGCGCGCCGGUGAAGGACGUGAAGGCGGCGCUGGUGGCGGCCGGGUGGGAUCUGGACGCGGCAUUCACGAAGUUGAGGAGGCGGGGCCUGGCAGCAGCGCAAAAGAAGCGGGCGCGGGUGGCAGCAGAGGGGCUGGUGGGCGGGAACGCGGCAUUCACCGAGUUGAGGAGGCGGGGCCUGGCAGCGGCGCAGAAGAAGCGGGCGCGGGUGGCAGCGGAGGGGCUGGUGGGCGUGGCGGUGCGGCGGGGCGUGGGAGCGGUGGCGGUGGAGGUGAACAGCGAGACUGAUUUUGUUGCACGCAACGACCUUUUUCAGCUUCUGCCCACGAGCCUUAAGGAUGGUGGCUGCAUUGGAAGUGGAGAUGAAUGCGCAUGCAAGGGAGUGGUGGCUCAAGAGCUGACCCGUGAGCAAGCCACGGUGUCAUUCGACCACCCGAAGCUGACGGGAAGUCGCCAGCUGGCAGAGGCGGUGGCUGAGGUGGCAGCGCUGACUGGGGAGAACGUGCGCCUGCGCCGAGCCUUCCUGCUUCCCGAGCCUCGGCCGUCUGGCUCGGUGGCCACGUACCUGCACAGCAGCCCCGGGGCUGGCUUGGGGCGGAUAGCUAGUCUUGUGUCCCUCUCUCUUUCCCAGCCUUCAGGCAGCAGCAGCAGCAGCAGCAGCAGAGAAGGGAGCAGGGCAGAGGCAGGAUCAGAGGCAGGAGCAGUGGAGGAGACAGGAGCAGCAGCAGCGGCAGCAGCGGCGGUGGGGGAAGGAGUGGCGAUGCAUGUGGUGGCGAUGAGACCGCUGUAUCUGAGGCGGGAGGACGUGCCUGCGGAGGUGGUGGAGAGGGAGAGCGAUGUGCUGCGAGCCCAGGCGGUGGCAGCGGGCAAGCCAGCGGCUGUGGUGGAGAAGAUGGUAGCGGGGCGGCUGGGCAAGUUCUACGGUGAGGUGGUGCUGAUGGAGCAGCCUUAUGCCCUGGAUGAUAAGAGGACCGUGCAGGUGGGUGCUGAGCGGCGAGGCUGA